UCAACAUCAACAGGGCGGAUCAAACUGCUGCUGUGCCAUGUAGCAGAGCAAAAGUCCUAAAUUAUAUAUGGAGAAACCUGUCCAGGGCUUCAGGACCAGAAUGCACCAGAACCACUAUGGCCCCCUCCCUCCCCCACCGCCACCAUCAUCAUCAUCAUCAUCAAGGUUGCCAACAGCCCCAUAUAACAAGGGUUGUCCCUUAUUUAAAUAGAAGAUUACCUGUCCCAUGCUUCACCUCUGUACAACAAGAGUUGGGAGUUGCAAAAGGCAGCAAGAAAUACCUCUGGCAAAUGUAGGCUUGGCAGGAUACUGGACUUGUCCUAUCCACCACUAGUAAUGAGGCCUGCAAAAUGUUUGAUGCUACACUGACUCAGUAUGUCACAUGGACCAAUGAUAAGAGUCUAGGAGGCAUUGAAGGAUCUCUCUCCAAGUUACUAGCAGCAGAUCCAACUUUUACGAUGGGACACGUGAUUGCUAAUGGCUUGGUUUUGGUUGGCACUGGAACUUCAGUGAGGUUAGACAAAAAGCUGGACAGUGCGAUGAAAAAGAUGGUGGCACUUUCAGAAUCGCAGCCCCUGACUGAGAGGGAGAAGCUACAUGUUUCUGCACUCAACAUGUUUGCCAGUGGGCGUUUUCCCAAAGCUUGCGAUGUGUGGGAUCAAAUUCUACGGGACCAUCCAACUGACAUACUAGCGCUCAAAUUUGCCCAGGCCACUUACAUUUACAUGGGACGUCAAACACAGAUGCGAGACUCUGUUGCCCGUGUUUAUCCUUACUGGACACCUGAUAUUCCUCUUAGUAGCUAUGUGAAAGGCAUAUACUCCUUUGGACUGAUGGAAACUAAUUAUUUUGAUCGUGCUGAAAAGCUUGCCAAUGAGGCCUUAGCUAUAAACCAGUCAGAUGCAUGGUCUGUCCAUACCAUAGCACACAUAAAUGAAAUGAAAGCAGACUUGAAGAAGGGAUUGACAUUUAUGAAGCAAACUGAAAACAACUGGAAGGACUGUGACAUGCUUGCUUGCCAUAAUUACUGGCACUGGGCUUUGUAUUUCAUUGAAAAGGGUGACUAUGAGGCUGCUUUGACAAUUUAUGACAAUCAUAUUGCUCCUGCAUGCCUGUCAAGCAGAAGUAUGUUGGCUGUGCUAGAUAACUGCUCCAUGCUGUACCGGCUUCAGUUGGAAGGUGUAAAGGUGGGAGACAGAUGGAACAAAGUUAUCCCUCUUGCAAAGAAGCACACCAAAGAUCAUGUCUGGCUUUUCAAUGAUGUCCACAUUCUCAUGUCUUUGCUUGGGGUCAAAGACCACAAAACCACCAAUGAGCUCUUAACAACUCUUCAGGAACUUGCCAAAGCACCUGGUGAAGACCAUGAACUGGGUCUGGCUCCAAAAUUGGGGUUGCCACUUUGCCAGGCUUUGGUAGAGUUUGACAAUGGAAAUUAUGACAAGACAGUAGGAUUACUUUAUCCAAUUUGCUACGAACUCCUGCAGAUAGGAGGCAGCAAUGCUCAGAGAGAUGUUUUCAGCCAGCUAUUGAUUCAUGCUGCUUUAAAUUGUAAAUCAAAAGCCUAUCAAAAACUGGCUAGAUGCCUCCUGGCAGAACGUGAUGGGUUGAUACCAAAUUCACCAUUGACUGAGCGACUUAUUCGGAAAGCAUCAGCUGUUCAUGUGAUGGGAUGAAUCUUAAAUCUGUUAUUCCAGUGGAAAUAAUAAUUAGCACUGUAAUGAGUCUCUUUCUAUGGCAUUAAAAGAAUCAAAAAAGGGAAAAUCCUGCAUCAUCAGCCAUACCAGAUCUUCUAAAUAUCUGAGCUUUGGGAAGCUUUUUUUGGUGAUUCAGCAUCAUUGCUUGAGCUUCUGACACACCUCUGAUUCUUGGAAGAUUGUAGCCUAGCUGUGUCUAGCAGGGUGACAGUAGCAAAUGAAAUAAUCUCAAUCAUUUGUUUAAAAGCAUUCUGAGCCUUUGCUUUUCAGGAGAACGCAUCUGUCUUAUGCUUAUCAGAUUGCAGGAUAACACUAUUAUUGCAAGGUUAUGCACUGCCAAAGUAGGCAGUGGUGUUGCUAUUCGAGUACAUGAAUACUAGAUUGGGAUGGAUAGAGCUUUUAUGCAAACAGCCCAGUCAGGGCUGGCUCUACCAUUUUUACCGCCACAAGCAAAAAAAAAACAAAAAAAAACCAGACUGCUGCUGCCUGAACUGCCGCAGCAGAAAAAAGAAAAAAACAAAACGGUCAGACUGCCGCUGCCCCACGAAUGGACAGAAUGCCGCCCCUUAGCAUGUGCCGCCCCAGGCAUGUGCUUGCUCCGCUGGUGCCUGGAGCCAGCCAUGCAGCCCAGGCCGCAGCCUGGUAGCGACAGUUGAUUCCUGUGGUGGGGCGGCUGCCCCACCCCGAUGCAAGAGGGGGCGUAGGUAGGCCAGAGCAGCUGCACAGGCCAGCAGCCAAUCAGCGAAGGGGCUAUUGAGAGCCAAUGAGGAACGAGAUUAGAGCCAGCCAAUCAGAGCUAGGCUAGGCCCUGUAUAAAGGCUGCCCAGGCGAGCAGCAGGCAGUCUGUCCCAGACCUUCAUGGGGAAAGGUCUGUCUCCAGAGCAGGAGACCAGCACAUUGGGCAGAGCAGUGCUGGGCAGGCUCAGGGGGAGCAUAAUAAGGCUCUGGCCCAAUAACUGCCAGACUGCGGACUCUGAUAGAAAGGGCCUAGAGGGUGUGAGUGUACGAGGAGACUUUGACAAACCAAUAAAGUACCUGAAACCACUGUGGCUUAUUGUUAAAGACAGCCUAGUCAGCAAGCUGUUAAAAGCAAGUCUCAGCUUGGCCAAGGCAGGAGGGGAGGAGGAUUUAGGGUGCCACUGAAGGGGCAGCUUGACCCCAUGUCCUUUCUGAUAAGAAUUGUGUUGAAGUUGCUGAUACAUGCAUUUUAAAAGAGUAGGAUGUGCCCCAGGAAUUCUGUUGAGGUCUCAAGGCUGCAAGUUCUGGAAAAACCCACACCUGGUUAAUCAAUAAUCAGAAGGAACUUCUUGCUUGAAAUUGCUUACUUAACAAGGUUUCUUUAAAGGACAUGUCAUUCUAUUACUAAUGUAUAAAUAAGGGGACUUGUUUGGGGACUCUUCAGGACUGGUCUCUCCCUCUGGAUGCAUCUUCUGUUCCCCAGUGGCAGACGGGCUGCCGCUGUAUCACUCGAAAGCCACACUCAGCUUUGGUAAUUAUGAAGGGUUGGGGGUGUUUUACUAACUUGUUGCGGACGUGUGUAAGUGCUUGAGACUAGUAAAGUUUAGCUUUAAGUGAAA